UUAUCAGGUCGCGAGCCGCGUUCUACCAGUCUGCCGGCGUCGCUCGCUUCUGGCCUUGGUUAGUGAUUUGCGCGUCGUCGUCGUUGCUAUGGCAGCAGGAGAGCUGUCACUGUUCCGAGAACAGCUGCCCUCAACCUGCAGGAGUCUGCUCGGAGGUGUGACCUCAGGCGAACGAAGGUGUAAUGCGUAUGAGAGAGCCUCUGGGAGAGACGAUGAUUUUGAUGACAGCGACAAGUCUGACGGCGCCGAGGGCCAGGCGGACAGUUGCGAACCUUCCUCCCACUCUGCCACCAGCCGUACCACAGAGGAUCUGGACAGCUCUGAACAGCUGCAUGACAGACUCACUUGCCAGUCGAUUACUGAGCAUGUCGACCCCGGUGCAUCGCGGGAACAGGAGAGAGCAGAAGAAGACGGCGUCAUACAGAGCGAAGGAGACGUCUUGGAGUUGCUGUCUUCUCUGUUGCACGGUGAACAGACCUUGGAGCAUCUGGAAGUGUCAGAUUCACAGGCAGUCACCGUCGGCAACGUCACCUAUGUCUUGGGCGAUAUCAAGAUGAAGGAAGUGGUGCAGGAGAACACUCUUAAGCAGCAGAUGUUUGUGAAGAAGCGAGGGGAGUCAACGGACGACCAGCUACAAGUGGUAAGCCGCAAGGAGUGGCUGGCGGACCCGCCCUCGCAGCCAGUGGACAUGGUGGAGGGCCCCCUCGACCUGGUCAUCAUCAACCACACAGCCUCCCUAUCGUCCGAGACGCCGGCCUUAAACAUGAUACUGCUCCGGCGGAUACAGCUGAUGCACAUGGAGGGUAAGGGCUGGUUCGACAUCGCCUACAACUUCUUGGUGGGGAUGGAUGGCGUGGUGUACGAGGGCCGCGGCUGGGGCGUCGCCGGCAGCCACACCAAGAACUACAACGGCGUCAGCGUGGGCGUCGCCUUCAUCGGCCACUUCAUGCAGGAGCUGCCCUCCCCAGAGGCGGUCGCCUCCCUGUGGCGGCUGCUGGAGCAAGGCGUGCGCCUGGGCCACCUGUCCCCAGACUACCGCAUCCUGGGAUACUGCCAGUGCCGGCCGUCGGAGAGCCCGGGCCGCGCCUUCUUCUCGCUGAUACAGACGUGGCCCCGCUGGGCUGAAACGGCGCCGCCUCCUCCACCAGAGGCCUCCAGCACGGUUGGUUCUCAGCAAAGUGGGACGCACUCUGUACAGACAGUGGCGACCACGAUACCUGUGCGAGAUGGUGUCGAUAAUGGAAGUGUAACAUCUGGCACAUUAGAAACGGCAGAAGUAGAUGAUUCAUCGCAAUUGGACGGCACCCGCAAUCGCCAGCUAUCAGAGACAGCCAGCGAGGCCCAUAGCGUCACGUCUUCUCUUGCAGAAGAACCUCAGGUGCAAGACACUGUGGACCAUGAUGGGGACAUCAGCGAAGAGUACUCCACGGACACAGAUGAUCAAGACGAGACUAGCAACGACCAGGCGUUCACUGAGGAUUGGUAUCAAGAGCGGAAGGCAGUACAUGUGUCAAAUUCACGAAAUGUUCGAGUGGGCGAAGUCGCCUACGUGGUGGGGUCACUUAACAUCAGCCAAGUUUUGCAGACACACAGUGUUGAGAAGAGGCUGUACGUGAGCAAAGGCUGCCAAGAGAAGGAGCUACGCGUGGUGCGACGCAGCGAGUGGCGGGCGCGGCCGCCGGCGAGGCACGUCACUCCGCUGUGCAAGCCUGCCACCAAGGUCGUCCUCUGUCAUACGGAGACAGGCUGCGUCGCGGAUGCAGAGAGGGAGGCUGGGCACGUGCGGACGCUGCAGGAGUUCGCGGUGCACGGCAGGGGCCUGGAAGACAUCCACUACAACUUCCUGGUGGGCGCCAGCGGCUGCGUGUUCGAGGGCCGCGGCUGGGACGUCAGGCCCGGUCUGCCGCGCAGCUGCGACGACUCCAGCGUGGCUGUCGCCUUCGUCGGAGCACACCACGACCAUCCGCCCACCGCGGAGGCCGUGGAGGCCUUCCACCAGCUGAUGGCUCUGGGCGAGCGCGAGGGCCACCUGAGCGCGGACUGGCGCCUGCUGGCCCACUGUCAGCUGUACGACACGGACAGUCCGGGCCGCGCGCUCUACCAGCUGCUCAAGACGUGGCCGCGAUGGGCCGGCGCACGCGGCGCAGAAAUAUUUGACCUGAAACUGGUGUCGCGAGUGCAGUGGCUGGCCAUCCCAGCCGUAGCGCCAAUCUCGAAGCUGCAGCGCCCUGUCAAGACGGUGGUCAUCUGUCACACCAGAACGAAGGAAACUACAGGUGCGGAGGGUGAGCGCCGUCAGAUGCGCAGCCUCCAGAACUUCGAGGUGCAUUGCCGCGGGCGGGCGGACCUGCCGUUCCACUUCGUGGUGGCGCCGUCCGGGGCCGUGUACGAGGGCCGCGGCUGGGAGCUGGCGGCAGACCUCAGCCUGGGUGUGGAGGUGGACGCUCCAGAGGACUGUGGCGGCCGCUGCCUGGUCGUGGCGCUGAUGGGCGCCUUCUGCAGGCGCCUGCCGACGCCUACCACGCUGCACGCCUUGGACACCCUGCUGGCGCUGGCGCAGGACCGAGGGGUCCUGGCACAGGACUACCACUUGGUAGGGCACUGCCAGCUGGCAGGCACCGACAGUCCGGGCGGGGCGCUCUUCUCGCUCCUCAAGCAGUGGCCACACUGGACCAACCGGCCGUUUGGUGAUAAAGAUCGCGACGCUGAAGAAAGCGACAAUGCACAAUCACAGUGACUGCUCGUGUGUUGACUCAUCCUCAUUUUCUGAUGCUGCCUGGUAGAAAAAACCUUUCGUCUAAAUCAUGACAAUGUAACAGCUAAUUUUACUCAAGCAGAUCGACUGGAAGGCUACUGGACAGUAGGAAACAAAGUAGCUCUUCGAGUAGUAAUAACUCUGUAGCUGGGACUGUUACAUCUACAUCUGCAGGGUGUCCCAGAAAUGUCGCGACAAACUUCUGGUCGAGGUGGGGCACGUCGCAAGGAUUGAGAAUUGCAUAGCAAGCCGUGGCUGCAGAGGCUGUCAUACGCCGCUAGAUGGUGCUCAAGCAAGAAUUUUGGCGCCGACACUUACCGGUUUUAUGGAGCCUUGAUUUCUUUCUGUGGUGAGCCAAUAAAUCUCUCAUGUAUCGCAAACCUGUGAAGUCUGAACUGGAUCCCGUCGCAAAAAGCAUCUGUGCAACUGUUACAAUCAAAGAAACUCCACCACGCGGGAUUAGCCGAGCGGUCUGAGACGCUGCAGUCGUGGACUGUGCGGCUGGUCCCGGCGGAGGUUCGAGUCCUCCCUCGGGCAUGGGUGUGUGUGUUUGUCUUUCGAUAAUUUAGGUUAAGUAGUGUGUAAGCUUAGGGACUGAUGACCUUAGCAGUUAAGUCCCAUAAGAUUUCACACACACACACACACACACACACACACACAAGAAACUCCCGGUGUGUUCGGUCGUGUCUGGCAGUCCAUGCUCCGUCGGUGUCUGUAUGCAUGGCGUCUGAUGGUGCGAACUUCGACCAUCUGUUGUAACAUCAGAUCCUAUUCAUUUCUUGCGCCAUGUGUACUCAUGAUGUCAAAUAAAUGUUUCGAGUUAAUCACUCUCUUUUCCCUUCCGAUCUUCGAUCCCUGUUGCCACUGAUCCCUGAUAUUUGCGGCCAUGGGUUCCUAAACAAUUCUCAAUUCUUGUAUUGUGGCAAACAUCGCCUAGACGUUUGAUGCAACAUUUCUGGGACGCCAUUUAUAUCUAGAACUGUACUCUGAGAGCUACCUAAUCGCGCGUGUUGGAGGCUCCAGGGUUGGCUGCUAGUCUUACCCCCUCCCUCUCCGUCCCCCUCCCCAAUUUCCCGUUCUAGUUGCGAAUGUUGGCUGAGAACGAUUGUUGAUAGGCCUCCAUAUGAACACUAAUCUUUCUUCUCUUACCUUAAUAGUUUUUCUGCGAGGUGUAUGUGAUAGUUACAACUAUAUUGGUUGAAUUUUCUGCGAAUGUAUGCUGUCGACAACAUUAUGAAAAGAGUGGAUGCUGCUCGCCUUACAGAAGAGAUGUUGAGUCACAGAUAAGAACAACUGAAAAACUGCUCUCCAUUAAGCUUUCGGCCAAAAGGCAUUGUUCUGAAGUAUAAAAUACAUACAAAAUCACAAAAGCAUAUAUGUCGUGUGUGUUUGUGUGAGUUGUGCUUUUGUGAAUGUGUAUGUGUUUUCUUCGACAGAAGAAGCCUUUUGCCCGUAAGUUUAACGUACAGCAGUCUUUUCGUUGUUCCUGUUUUGCAUCUCAUUGCCUCCUCUACAUGGUGAGUAGAAAUCUACCAUUUUCAAAAUACUGUCGUUAAUCCACUCUGGACUUCCCAUUAUUUAAUGUACACUCUCAGAAUUUUAACAGUACACCACAUUGCAAUGAACGAGUUAUGCCUAAUAACAACUGACACUAGACUUGACCAAGCUCCUUCGUGACACUUAGGAAUUACCUUACUAUAUGAUCCUGUGACGAAACGUGCAACUCUUCUUUGGAUCUUCAUUAUUUAUCACUCCUGUCUGGUAAGGGUCACAGACUGAGGAGCAGUAGUGAGGUGUUGCUCAAACGAGAAAUUUGUAAGCAACCUCCUUUCUGGGUGAUCUACACUUCCUUUCUUGCAAUGAAUCUUACAAGCGUACCGUACGAACUUCCCCGCAUCGAUUUGAUUCGUAUUGAAAGGGUGUGCAGGGCACCACUAGAACAUAAGUCAAGAGGAAAACGCAACACUCAACCGUUUCAAGAAAACUGAGUUCGAAAAUUUUAGACUUCUCAUCAAAAUCUGUAGCAUACUUCCUGUUGAGCUAGAAUCAUGUAAUUCGGUCAGAAGCAAGGUUUCACAGUACAAGUAAAGAGAAAAAUCCGAAAAUGGUGCUUUUUUUCCCCUCGAGUUAUCCAACUGUCUGUCCAUCCACUUGUUAAGACAUAUUUUUCUCAGGUACGGGUAAACGUAUUAAGGUGAAAUUGAUGUCACAUACUAAAGUCCAUGGUCACUUGGCGGCGUAAAUAACGUUAACUUAUAAGUUAACGCAAUGAAAAUAUGCAGCGAUUUACAUCACAUAUUAUUUUGAGAUUCACAAAUUUACUCAUGAGAACCUACAGCGCACUUUUUGUUAACCUAGAAUCAUCAUAUGUGGCAAUAAACAAGGUUUCACAGUACAAUUAAGGGAAGAAAUUAUCUUGGAAUUGACCACGAAGGUCUUGGAAUUCUCGGGGCCAAUAUCUUUUCAAUAUCGAUGUCGAUAACAGGCAAAAAUCGUCGAUAUUCUCGAUUCCUAGGAUGGAUGAACCAGGUUGACAUAACGCCAGCAAACAUUCUAGGAAACCGAACUUCUCUCUAUUCUCCAUGCGACUUAAUAACAGGAUCUAAACUCGAGCCACCAUAAAAAGAAUCUUGUACAGGCCCUUGCUCACGCUUCUCGGCAGUCUUAACUUUGGCACCUCUCUCUCCCAUGGUAUAAGUUGUUAAUAACGUUGAGCAAUCGAAAAGACCGGGAGCGUUUCACUCCCACACCUGACAAAUAAGAGAUUUACGUUUAGCUGAGUGGUGUGCACUAGUGUGCCAGUUUCAUUCUAAAUAUGCUCUCUUCGAAACUAAAACAUAUGAGUGAUAAAAACGAGAUUUUAAGUUCUGAAUUGAAUGAUUCCUUGUGACAUUCUCCUUUUAUUCUGUACAGACGUUCCUCGCUGUAAUUUACAUCAUUUACCUGUAAUAUGUGAUUUACUUGUAUUUAUUGUAGUUAUCUGUUUAUGUGUUUUUAAUUUACUAUCUUUUAUAAUUUAUUUUAGAAGCUUUAUGUGAAUUAUGUAGUGUUUCGUUCUAUGAACGAGUAACUUAGGCUUAUGUGAUACCACAGAACCGAAGAAAAAUGAGAACUAAAUAAAUACAUUAAAAUGCUUUUACU